GAUAGAGCCCAAAUUCGACAACGCCCUCGAAGGAGCCUUGAUGAUAGAAGAGGGCGAAUCUUGCAAACAUUGGCUUGUUGAAAAUUCACAGUUCAGUAAUCAGUGGCUUCUCUGCUCUCCAUGGUUGAGGUUGAUGGUGGAACAAGGAGUUGUAGGGAAACCUCUAUACAUGGCAUCGUAGUUUCUUGCUACUCACCGUUUAGAAAUCUGGGAUUUAAGAACCGAAGAACUAAGGUAGAAUAGAAAGGAGUGAUUCAACUAUUUGAUGUUGUGAUUCUGGAAAGAGUGACCAUAGAGAUUCAACUUGCGGAAAGACUAGCGGUUUUUUUAUUUGAAUUGUGAUGAUAGUAUAGUUCUAGAUGCUUGAAUAGCUCAGUUAUCUCGAGGUUUAGUGGUUUAGGGUUCAGGGUUUAAGGUGCUUCGGACAACAGGUGCUGAAUAAUAGAGAAUUCUGAUUAGUCUCAAGUUACUCGCGAUGAUAGCCUCAAUUGCCUCUUUGGGUGCUGCGCAUUGCUGCUCGUUGACAUUGAAGCAGUUGGUUCCGUCGCACUCGCACCUUAGCCGUGUGCGAGGAUCUCGCACUUCUUUCCUACAGUCUGUGGAUAUUCAACAAGCAUUCAAAUGGCCGGAUGACUCCCAGAAAAGCGCCGCGGCGAUCAGGUGUGGCGACGUGCAACUGACUGAUGCUGUGAGGAUUCACUCUGAAGGGAAGCGAGAAUAUGGAAGGGUGGUAGCAGUUGAUUGUCGUGCAUCGCGUUCUCCAUCUGCAGCAGAAUCCUCUGUCAAUGUGGACGACUUUGUGGAAAUCGGCAUUGUAGCAGAAACUCAUGGUGUUUAUGGCGAAUUACGAAUCCGGUCUUCUACAGAUUUUCCAGAAGAGCGGUUUGAAACGCCAGGGACUCGUUGGAUAAAGAAGAUGAGAAUGGGCAAGCCUUCUAUUACUGAAGUGGAGCUUAUCGAAGGUCGAGAAACCAUUGGGAAGCAGACGUCAUGGCUUGUUAGAUUGAAGGGCGUCGACACGCUUGAAAAGGCAAGCGAAUUUCAAGGCGCUACCAUGUUGAUAAGAGCAGAUGAGAGGCCAGUUUCUCUGGAAGAAGACGAGGAUUAUAUACCUGAUCUUUUGGGCAUGGACGUAGUCAUUCAGGAGACCAAGGAAACAAUUGGAACAAUAGUGGAUGUUCAUAACAGUGGGGCAAGCGACCUAUUACGCGUUCAGCUGACAAAGCCAAUUAGAGGCAAGGAUGUUCGGAUAUGGAUACCUUUUGUUAAAGAAAUUGUUCCAGUUGUGGAUAUUUCUUCUAAUAGGGUUGAGAUUAGUCCACCGGAUGGGCUAUUGGAUCUGAAUGUACCAAAGGAAGGCCCUUCUCGAAAAGAAUCACUGAAGAUGGAACGCAAGAGGAAAGCAAUUCUAUCGGCUAUAAGGAAACGUCUGAGAGCUCUAGGACAGACGCAUGUAUUGGAAGGUCUGUCUAUAGGAGAAGAAUCUCAGCGUCAGUCCCUUAUGGAUCAAUUGAUGAGCAUCGACUUUGGACUCUUUCAACAAGCCCUAUUAAAUGCCCCUAGUCCACUGUCCACAAAUUCGAUAACUGGUGAGCUACAACCCCCUCCUACAGUACCACAAGCCAACUGGGCAGAUUUUGAGACUUGGUCACCUACAAGCAAAGACAACGAUACAGCUCGCUGGUGGUACAAGGGCUUACAGCUAGUCGCGGAUGGAGAGGUAGCUGUGAUUGUCCUUGCUGGCGGUCAAGCCACAAGACUAGGACCAGACAGCCCUCCUGUGAAAGGAAUGUUGGAGCUUGACCUCCCGGAAAGGAAAUCCCUCUUUGAAAUUCAAGCUGAUCGAUUGCUCCUUGUGCAAGAACUCGCUGCCCAGGUCUACCCUGAAGCAGCUCCUCAAAUACCAUGGAUUGUCUUGACUAGUGAUGCUACUGAUGUUUCCACUCGGUCUUUCUUUGAGAAGAAAGAGUAUUUUGGAUUGAAAGAAUCUCAGGUGUGGUUUGUCAAGCAAGACAGUCUACCUUGUGUAGAUUACAAAGAGGGCAAUGCUAUACUUUUAGAAUCGCCAUGGAAAUUAGCUGUAGCGCCCACAGGAAAUGGUGGCUUGUUUUCUGCUCUCCACGCACAAAAUAUUACUGAUCGGCUAUCUGAAGAAGGCGUACAGUAUGUUCAGGUGUACUCUGUGGAUAAUGCUCUUGUGCGCGUUGGAGAUCCCGUGUUCUUUGGAUACGCACAUGAGCAAAAAGCGGACGUAGGUGUCAAGGUAGUCAAGAGAACUUCGUCUGACGAGGCUGUAGGUGUAGUAUGUUUGCAGAAGAAUAAUGAACAGAAUCUCCAUAGCGAACAUGAAGGCACACAGAUAGAGGAUAUUUCGGAGUCUGAUGAAACUGAGGAAGGUGAUGAAAGACUUGCAAUCAACAUUCACGGAAAUUCAAUUUCCAGUCAUUAUAGAGUCUUGGAGUACAACGAAAUGCCAGACGCGCUACGAACUGCAAAAGAGGGAGACGAUCUAGUUUACCAGGCAGCUCACAUUUGCGUAAACCUUUUCUCAGUGGAUUACCUGAAAACUCUUGCAGACAAAAAGCUAGAACUUGGGUUUCACUCUGCAUUGAAGAGAAUACGAUGUAUGAAAAAAGAUGAAUCAGGUGAAUGGACAACCUAUACGCCCGACCAGCCUAAUGGAGUAAAGCUGGAGCGGUUCAUAUUUGAUGCUUUCAAAUACUGCGACUCGGAGGAAGUUGCCCUGUUGGAGGUUAAUAGGAAUGAGGAGUUUGCGCCCAUUAAGAAUGCCGUUGGGCCAGGAAUUGCAGACACAGCCGAAACAGCUCUCGACAUGACGCUUGCAUUACGAAACCGCUCGAUGUCCACCGCUGCAGAAUCAGAUCAAGAUGGUGAUAACCAUAACUUGUCGCUUCUUCGAGCUUACAUCUUUGGUAAAUAAACAAGAGGUCUCAAGAUUUAGGUGUUGCAAUUGUGGUAUGGCACUUGCAUAUGCAAAGGUAUAGUGUCAGUUCUAUCUUGAUUUCGCAAUGAACCUCGGUGUCAAAUCAAUGUAAAACUGGUCCACCAUCAUUGCUAGGAAACUUUGACUCUUACGAACCUUUUUAUCUAUUCCGUGUAGCCGUCUCAAUUGAAUGCGUCUCUACGUGAGACCUAUUGCUUAUUAUGUGGGUUAUUGAAUGACACUGAAUUUGGGAAAGUUUUCUCAAGCAACUUUGCAUGAGAAUCAUCAAA